AGCCUCGUGCACUCUUCACACGUGUGGAUGGUGCCGCUCUUUACCGUCCGAUCCUCCUUAGGCGCCCCAUCGGCCAUCGCAGCCGCCCGAUUCGCCGCCUGGGCGAGAUCAACGGCCCUCGUCGCCCUUUCGCGAAAGUUCGCCAUCGGCUCUGUUACUUGUGGCAUUCUCUCGUCUCGUCGCGAAACCAGAUCGCCGCGUCUCGAGCCACUCUGCCAGUGUCGCAUCCCCGCAUCUCACUGGAUGCUGUCCCCGCUACAAGCGCGCUCGUUACAUACAUACCUCCAAUCCACAUACCUCCACCCGUGCCGUGCUGUUUCCUGUGUAGCUCCGAGAUCGUUUAUCCCCGCAUUUGUGACAGUAUCGGGGGUUCAAGGAGUAGAGAGUGUGACAAUAUCGAGGUAUCGAAGAGUAGCGAGUGUUACAGCGAUGGCUGGUGGCGGGCGGAAGCUCACUCAGCGUAAGAUCUCCGACGCACCACCGCACAGCACCGCUCUGCGCCGCUCCGCGCGGGCAGCAGCGGCUUCCGCCGCGGGCGCUAGCGCCGCUGAGGACGCCGCGAACCUCGGCGCAAUCGGCGCCGGCGAGGCUGGCGCGGAAGGCGCGGAGGGGAAGGGCGCGGGGAAAGGAGUUGCGGGGAGCAAGCGGGGGAGAGAGGUCCCCGGCGGGAGCGGGAAGGGGGAAGCUGCGAAGAUUAGUGAGGAUGAGGCGGAAGAGGAGGAGAAAGAGGAGGAGAAAGAGGAGGAGAAAGAGGAGGAGGGGGAAGAGGAAGAGGAGGAGGAGGAGGCGGGAAAGAAGCGCGGAGGAAAAAGGGGAAGGCCAGCUGGCAGAAGAGGACCACAGGCUAAGGGAAGUAAGCCAGCAGAAUCACGAGAACCAGAGUCACAGGACCCAGAGUCACAAGGCCUUGAAUCACAACCGUUAGAAUCACAGGAAGGGGAGGAGGUUGUUAGGGAGGCCAAAGAAGCCAUCACCGGAGGCCAGAAAAAAGGCCGGGGUAAAGCCGGGCAGGGAAAAACCGGGCAGCGGAAGGCCGGGCAGCCGACAAAAAAAGAGCAGUUGGAGAUGGCGAAGAGAAUGGAGGCGGAAGCAGAGGCGAGUAAGGAGCCCUGGAAGGUUCUCGUGCACCGAAAGCUGCGAUCUGAUUGGUUCCCGUACGACCCCAAGACCAUGCGGAAUGCUGACGUGGAUGGGGCGGGUGCUGGCGAGUCCCAGGAUCAGGGGGACGCUGACGUGGCGGCUGAUGUCUCUGCUGACGUGGCGGCUGAGGCGACGGCGCUGUGCCGAUUGGCCGAGAGGGAGCGUGCUGACGUGGUGUGUCUACAGGAGACGAAGCUUCAGGAGAAGGAUGUGGACGAGAUUCAGAAGGCCCUGGCUCCCUCGUUCCCCCACUCCUUCUGGAGCUGCAGCACUGCCAAGCUGGGAUACUCUGGCACUGCAGUCCUCUCUAAGGUCCCACCCCUCUCAGUGCGUUACGAAAUCCGUAGCAAAGAGCACGACAAGGAGGGCCGGGUGGUGACGGUUGAGUUCGCCCCUUUCUUCCUCGUGUGCUGCUACACGCCCAACUCGGGGGAGAAGCUCGUCAGACUGGACUAUCGCACGAAAGAAUGGGACGUCGCAUUCGGCAACUACGUCAAGGAACUGGAAAAGCAGAAGCCAGUGGUUGUCACUGGGGACCUCAAUUGUGCAUUUGGAGAGAUGGAUAUCUUUCACCCCGAGGGCAACCGCCGGAGCUCAGGGUUCACUGAUGAGGAGAGGAGCUCCUUUGCUGCUAACCUGCUCCAAGUGCCGUGGGACGGGGGAGAGGGGGGAGAGCAGGGAGAGCAGGACGAGGGAAAAGGGGGGGAAGGGGGGGAAGGAAAGGAAGGAGGGGAGGAAGGGGCAGGAGCAGGUAGAGAAGAGGGUGAAGGGGAGGGAAAAGGGUUGGUGGAUACGUUUCGGCGGCAGCAUCCCAAUGCUGUGGCGUACACGUAUUGGGGGUACCGGUCGAAAGCAAGACCGGCAAAUAGAGGCUGGCGAUUGGACUACUUUCUUGUGUCCCACGCUCUAACAUCAAGAGUGCACGACUCGUACACCAUGCCAGACGUCCCUGGCAGUGACCACUGCCCGUUGGGCCUUGUGAUGAAGAUGAACUAGUACCGUAUGUGUGCCUGCGAUCUUAGUAGACUGCACAUAAGGUAACACGUCAGCAGCAAGUGUGAAUGACUCGUACACCUUAUGCACACUUGCCAAAUGUGCCAUAUGUGCCACACUUGCCAUACGUGCCAUAUGUAUGUCCCUCGCAGUGACCAUUGCCCCUAGGGGCGUGUGCUGAAGAUUCGAUCCUAGUGUGUUGGUAACUCAUCGGACGUGAUGUAACAGGUACCAGUUUCACAUGAAUGCGUGACUUG